UCUCUCUAAACAAACAAGUUUCUCUCUCUCUCACUCAUAUAUUUCUGGGAAUUUGCCACAAAAAACACACAGUGCCACAUGGCAGGGAUAACAAAGUAUGCACCCAUUAAUGGCGGCACUUUGAUCUCAGACUUCAACACCCACUUCUCCAUCUUCAGACCAAGAAGAACCAUUGCUUUUGCUUACGCCUUCAUCUUUUUCUUCAUUGCCUUCUCCGUUUUUCUCGCCUUCAGCCCUUCUUCAAACCCUUCUUCCCCAUGGUUUACAAACAUUAAUUCCUCAUCUGAUUAUUCUUACAGAUCCCAUUUCUCCUCAAUAUAUUACUACUUCUUCCCAGAUGACUCAUCUGCUUCAUCUCCUCAAUCCCACAAUCCUGGAUCUCUGAACAAUUCCUUUGUCGGAAACCAGACAAAUAAAAAUCAAGUCUUGAAACCACCCAAUUCCACUGUUUUACCUUCUGUAAAUAAUAUUACUGCUGCUCCACCAAAACCCUCUUCUGAGUUGAGCAAAGGGUCUCCAGAUUCCAAGAACCAGACUCAAAAUCAGCAGUUGAGUGAUAAAAAUGGAGUCUUUAAGAAGCAAAACAACACCCACAGUGAAGGUUUAAUGAAGGGAAACCAGAGUACUACACCAACUGCAGAGAAGAAUACAACUGCUGGAAUUGGAGGGAAGGGAAUUGGAGAGAAGGGUAUUACUGUGAAGAAUUUAACUUCCUCACUGAUGAAGAAACAGAGUAAUGCUACUGCGAAACAAGGAAUUGAUGAACUGGUGAAAUCACUUUUGAAUUGUGAUUUGUUUGAUGGGAAUUGGGUGAAGGAUGAAUCUUAUCCACUGUACAAGCCAGGUUCUUGUUCUUUAAUUGAUGAUCAAUUCAACUGCUUUGCCAAUGGCCGCCUUGAUAAUGGCUACCACAAACUCAAAUGGAAGCCAAAGGCCUGCACUCUCCCAAGGUUGGAUGGAGGUCAUAUGUUGGAAUUGUUGAGAGAGAAACGACUCGUUUUCGUCGGGGAUUCUCUCAACAGAAAUAUGUGGGAAUCUCUUAUUUGCAUACUGAGGAACUCUGUUAAAGAUAAGAAGAAAGUCUACGAGGAAUUUGGGAGGCACCAUUUUCGAGCGGAGGCUUCUUAUUCCUUCGUCUUUGAAGAGUAUAAAUGCAGGGUGGAGUUCUUUGUAUCUCCCUUCCUAGUCGAAGAAUGGGAAUCAAAGGGAAAAAACGGAACGAAAAAGGAAACACUUCGGCUCGAUUUAGUCAACGGAUUUGCCGAUAAAUAUAAGAAUGCUGAUGUCAUCGUUUUCAAUACUGGACAUUGGUGGACUCACGAGAAGACCUCCACGGGGAAGGACUAUUAUCAAGAAGGCAGCCAUGUGUAUAGUGAUUUGAACGUUCUAGAAGCUUUUCGUAAAGCUUUAACAACAUGGGGAAGAUGGAUCGAUGCAAACGUCAAUCCGAUGAAAUCCCAUGUUUUCUUCAGAGGCUAUUCAGCCUCUCAUUUUAGUGGCGGGCAGUGGAAUUCCGGUGGGCAAUGUGACCACGAAACGGAGCCAAUAAAAAACGACACAUAUCUCUCACACUACCCUUCAAAAAUGCAAAUUUUGGAGAAAGUUUUGAAAGGAAUGAAAACCAAGGUGACUUAUUUAAACGUGACAAGAAUGACGGAUUAUCGAAAAGACGGGCAUCCGUCAAUCUUCCGAAAGCAACAUUCUGCUGAUUUGAGUUUCCAAGAUUGUAGCCAUUGGUGCUUACCUGGCGUGCCCGAUACGUGGAACGAGAUUCUCUACGCAGAACUUUUGGUGAAACUGCAUCAUCAAAAGCAGCAAAAUCGGAGGUAAAUUAAACGAACAUUGUUUACAGCCGUUGGAUCAUCACACACAUUCUCACCGUGAGUGUGUGUGGUCGUGAUUGAACGCUCCCGAGUAAAUAAAUACUCACACAAGAGAAGGCUAUAUGGUAAUUAAACAGUCAAAUGAGCCUAAAGAAAUGUGCAUUACACUUUUUUUUUUAAAUUACCUCACUUUGAUGAGAAUAUAGACACAUAUAGAACAACCUUGGAGAAGAUCCAAGAAAUAGUGUUUUUUAUUUAUAUAAAGGUAUAUAUUAUUAUUAUAUAUAUAUAAUUAUGAGAGAGAGAGAGAGAGAGAUUAGUGAUGAUGAGGAGAGAGAGAGGGGGACACAGUUAUUCUGUCUCUUUCUUGGUACAAGAAUGUUUAUUUAGAAAUAUAUAUGUAAAAUGUUUAAAUUAUUUUUUUUCGGUUUUCGAGAAUAAUAAAUUAAAUUAAUGUAUGGUAAAUAUUCUUUCUCUUAUUUUAAUUACAUCUUUGUCGGAUUUUGAUUAAAGAAUUUGAUAAGAGUAGGAUGGUUCUAUCAUUCUAUCACAUUAUCUAUGAUUGAUGUUCCUUAGAA